CGUCUCCCUCCUCUCCUCGCGACGCUUUCAAAUGCACCACCGCCUCGCCUCUCUCGCAGUCUCGCCUUCCUCGCCACGCCACGCCACGCCGCGCCGCGCCACGCCACGCCACGCCGAGAAGCCGAGGAGUAGCAAGCCACUCGCCGCCGCGCGCGCAUCACCGGCGCACCAUCCGCGGCGGGCCGCGAUGCAGGUUUUCCAUGGUGCGCAGUUCGUGCGGCUGCGGAACUUGUGGGAGGAGACGUACAUCACCGCCGACGAGGACGGGAGGUCGGUCUACCACUACGACCCAGGCCGCCGCCCCUCGCACGAGGCGAUCUGGGCGGUGCAGUUGGCCGUCGCCGGGGAGCCCCCGACGCAGUACGUGCUCCUCCGCGGCGCCUACGGCCGCUACCUCGGUGCCCCGGACGCCGUCGAGCGCCGCUGGCCGCUCUCCUGCUGCUGUCCCGCCCCCGUCGUCGGCCAGCGCGACUUCGACCAGCCGGUGGUCGACGCCAUCAUGUGGCGUGCCGUCAGGAGGACCGGCCACGUCGUCUGCCUGCACGACAAGUCCGGCCGCUACCUGCGCGGCAAACUGAUGAGUACCCUGGUUUGCGGUGGCCGCCCCAGCCUCACCGUCGGCGAUGGCCGCCUCAGCGACGACGAGAAGGAGUUGCGGUGGGAGGUGCGUCCCGUCCUCCCGAGUCCAGGCAGGCCGGAGCUCCCGAUCGCCACUGAGGCCGACUUGGCUGAGCUCUUCGUCAAGAUAUGCUUCCCCCCGCGGCGGCGGGAGAUCCAGUUCGUGGCGCCCGACGGCGACGGCAACAUCGUCUGGGAUUCGUUUCAGUACCAAGGGAGGUCGGUGCAGCUCCUGAGAAACGAGCUCGAGAACCGUGUGGGCUACGCCAUCACGAUGUGCGUCCGCGCCGGCCGCCAUGGGCGGCUCACCCCGCUGCUCAUCAACCUGCCUCACAGCCGGGAGACCCUGCACAUCGUCGCUCUCAGGCGCAACAGCGAAGCGGAUCAUCGGUUGACAUUCCCAGAUCCGGAUGCAUCGUGACGUAGGAGAUAUAGGCAUCGGAGGAGGGAUUGAUUCAGUGAAUCCUUUCAUGCUGAAUUUCUGACAGGCUCAGGGAAAUCGAGCGAAGAUCAGUGUGUUGGUUUUAGAGGCAUAGAGUAGAAUUUUCAGUCGAUGCCGGAAAUGCAGUUUUAUGUUGCUCUCAGUUGUAGAAUGACAGGAAAAAACUGAAAUUGUCAGGGUGUACAAUGGGUGUUUUUACGCAGUUUACAUACUUCGAAAACCCGGUAAAAGUGAAACAGGGUUUUUUAACGAAAA